AUGUCCAACGUAGCUCUAGUUGUUGGGGCUUCCAGCAAUUUGGGAUACCAAGUGCUGAUGAAACUCACUGAAGUGUACAAAGGAAGAAUAUAUUUCACCACUGAAGAUGAGGAAGUCGGCUACGGUAUAUUGAAGACUUUUAAGAAGAGCGGUAGCAAUUUAUACCAUAUUCCUAUGGACAUAACGUAUACAAACAGCAUAAUAAAAUUAAGACAUCACAUACAAGACUUGGACGAGAGGAUAGACCUGCUGAUUAACAAUACAGAUUACGUACAGACAAAGAAAAAUUUAUCUCACGCUGAUAAAGUUAGAAAAACUCUGAGCGUCAACUUCUACGGUUACAUAAAUUUCGGUAAAUUGAUGUAUCCUAUACUUAGUGAGAAUGCUAGAGUCGUCAAUGUAUCCGGUCCAGCUGGUUUACUAGCUACAAUAGAGAAUGAACAGAUAAGAACUAGAAUCAGUGAUCCAACAUUGACAGAAGACGAGUUGGUAUCACUUGUUAAGGAGUACGAAGAAGCAGUAAGGAAAGGUGUUGAAAAGACUUUAGGGUGGGGCGUCAGUGUGCAUGCUGUAAGCAAAGUCGUACUUAAUGCUGUGACAUUCCUGCAACACAGGGAGUGGGCCCACACUGGUGUAGUUAUAAACUGUGUAAAUCCGGGAAGCCUGUCGAGCCGGGAGGACAGGAGGACGUCCAAAGUUUUCGAGGAGGGUGCCAAGGCAAUUUUGUAUUUGGCUCUUGAGGCGCCGUUGUCCAUAAAGGGCAAUUUUGUUUGGAGCAAUUAUUCAGUUAUCGAAUGGAACUGUGACCCAUUUGUCGAGGUGACUACUGUGUAA